CUUCUGGUAUUUCCUCAGUCCAAGUGCGCAGUUACGCAAACUUAGACCUGAUAUCUGAUAUUUGAGGCUACUUAAUGCAAAAGUUUCCACUGAGGAUGUUCAGCCACUUUCUGCACGAGAAGACUUCAGGAAACCAUGACGCAGUCAGAGGGCUGAGCUCUUUCAGGGGGAGUUUGGCUGUCUGAGUUCACACUUCACACUUUUUCUUCACCACGAUCACAAGAAGCGUCGUUUGGAGAAGGAGUGCCUAUACAUUUUACUUGUGUUUUUGUAAAAGAAAGAGAAAACCGAGGAUGAAACUGAUUCUAUUUUUCGUUAUCUCCUGCCUCGCCUUACAUAACGGGAAUGGAGCGCCUACAAAUGCUGUGUAUAAGUUUGUGAGAUGUAACCCCGAGGGCGACCAGGCCAACUGUGUGACCCACGGAACUGCAAAAAUGGAAUGGAGUCCAGAGCUGCCAUCUAAACUGCCUGCUUCAACUGCAGAGUUUCUAGAGGCAGAGGCUGAGGAGGGCGAGAAUCCACGGCAGGAGGAAGAGGAGGAGGAAAUGCUGGUGAGGGAUGAAGAGGGGGAGUCACCUGUGCUGACUGAGGAAGGGUCUGGUUAUGAAGGCUCUGGAGAAAGUCCAUUCAUGGCGGACUGGCCCUUUGUGACUGCUGAGGGUGAGUCGGGCUCCGGCAUGUCCGAGAAAGACGUAGAGCGAUAUGAAGGUGAGAGUUGGAGUGGCAUGUCUCCGGCUGGCAAGGCAAGACCAGCAGAGCCUGAGCUGAGAGAAGAGGACCUUCUGCAGCUGUAGACUGUACACACACACACACCCGGAGACACAUCUUUAUUUCCAUUGUGUCUAUUUAAAUAAAACAAAUAUUGCAACCUCACCUGGUGGUGUAAAAACCUGGUCACUCAGAGUUUGACAAAGACCAAAUAUAUAUUUUAUAUUCUCAUUGCUAUAGGUGGGAAUAACUCUUUUCAGGGGCAAAAGAACAACUGUAAACAGAGAAAAAAGUAGCUACCAAAGUCAAAGCAUGGUCUGCAGAAAUGAGACGUAUACACACUUUAAUUUAGUUGGCAGUGACUUGUAUUUGCGCUUUCUUUUGGAAAAAAUGCGUUAUAUGGAAUGUGCUUUUUACUAUAAAAUUUGAAAUGUGUUUUUCAAGUAAUUAUAAUACCAGUGCAAUAAGUUGACCACACAGAUGUCCACACAUCGCUCACUUUGUGCAGCUGUGGUUCCAACCUUUUUAUCUGGAGCUAUGAGGCAUGUGUUCCUUUAAGACACACACCAAUAUAUUUAUAGUAUUUGAUCCCUUUGUCUCAAAUGUUUUGACACUUUACUUACCCAGGAGGGUAAUCAAACAUAUUUUGGGAACGUAUGGUCUGCAAAGUUGAACAAGAGAAUCUUGCAAACCCCAAACCCCUCAGGAACAGAUUCAUGUAAUCUAAACCACUGUGAGCUGAAACAUAUUCAAAAUAUGUUUUGUGCACAUGCAUGCAUUUCAACAUGCUCUGCGCUGUCUAAUUUGCAUUUGAAUACAAUAAAGGAUUUAUAACAA